AUGUCGACCGUCACUCGUACUCUGCGCAACUUGCGCCGGAUUGGUUUCAAGGAAUAUCUUAACCAGAUGAUUUACAUCGGUGAUACCAAGGCCGGUACUCUGAUCGGAACCGACCGCUACGGCAACAAGUACUACGAGAACAUGACCGAGGAACUUCCCCUCCGCACACGAUGGGUCGAUUACAAGGAGCACGAGUACAUGCCCUGCCAGGUCGAGCCCGGCUGGCACGCCUGGAUCUCCUACAUGGUUGAUGCUCCCCCAACUGCUGACAAGCUCAUGCAGCCUGGCCAGCGCACCUGGGAAAUUCCCCAGCACCGCCCUAACCUGACCAUGAGCCGCGCUGCCUUCAAAACCUAUUCGACUACCCGCCCCAAGUACUCUGCCUGGGCCCCCGUUGCUGCUCCGCGGUAA